CACCAAUUCACCAGCAACUUUCGAGUCUUUAGCUACUACUCACUUAACAAACACAUUUUCAAAAAAAAAAAACUCCAAUUGUUAAAGCCAGCCAUGGAUGCAGUGACAAUGAUGGUUGCAGAGAGGCCACUAGUGAUCUUCAGCAGAAGCACUUGUGACAUGAGCCAUUCCAUCAAGACACUAAUACAUGGAUUCGGUGCAAACCCUACGAUUUACGAGCUCGAUCAAAUUCCAAAUGGGCAGCAAAUCGAAAGAGCAUUACAGCAGCUCGGGUUUCAAAACUUACCGGUUGUAUUCAUCGGAGGAGAGUGCGUCGGUGGUGACCGACAAGUGAUGAGCCUCCUUCUCAAGAAUCAGCUAGGACCACUGCUCAAGAGAGCCGGAGCCAUUUGGGUAUGGAACGACUAGCUUAUUUUUUGGCAUCAAACUCUACUAAAAUUAGUUAAAAUUGAGGUUAUUGGACUAAUUAUACAAUAAUAAAGGGUAUUUUUUGACCCUUUAUUUCCUAUAUUAAGGAUUAGAUACGCUAUAGAAAAACUUUAGCUUGAAUAUGGUUGUCAAGUUGUUUUAGAUAUAGUUAUCUAACUCAAGAGUAAUACCAACUUUUUGUAUACGUUGUUGGUUUUUAACCAUUUU